AUGCUUGCACAGAAACUCAAACAGCAUCAACAGCAACACAUUCAAAGUUCAGAUUGGGUUGGAAACUCCACUGCUGAUCCUUCUGUUUCGCAUCUUAUCACCACUCCACCUCAAGCUAAUCUGACUGUCAUCCAUGCAUCUGGAUCAACCAGUACACCAUCACAACAACAUAUCAAGGCAAUAGUCGAGACAUUGUCUGAUAAAAAUAAUACAAUGGUAUCGACUGCAUUCAACAAUGAAAAGGGAAUCGAACACGACUCGAAGCUUCUCCAAACACAACUGGCCACAUAUCAAAAACAAACCAAACAAUGGCUUUCUCUUGUAGAUCAGCUUAAUUCUUCUCUCAAGUCGCUUGGCGAUCUGACAAACUGGUCAGGUGUGAUUGAACGAGAUAUGCAAGAGAUUGCGUUGACAUUGGCCAAAGUAUCACCAUCGCAGUAA